GCUUCUGCCCUAGCCCUGGGGCUGGUGGUGGUGUUCCUGGGGCUGCCCCCCUCUCCUGGUUGAUGCUCUUCGGCUCUCCAGGCCAGCCAGAGCCAAAUGGAUGCAAUUGCCAGCGGCAGCCUCAAGAGAAAGUUUGACGAUGUGGACGUGGGCUCGCCCGUCUCCAAUUCAGACGAUGAGAUCUCCAACAGCGACAGCGCCGACAGCUGCGACAGCCUCAACCCCCCGAGCACCAUGGGCUUCAUACCCACGUCCAUCUUGAAGCGGCAGAAGCAGCUGCGCAGGAAGAAUGUGCGUUUCGACCAGGUGACCGUGUACUACUUCGCCCGGCGCCAGGGCUUCACUAGCGUGCCCAGCCAAGGGGGCAGCUCCCUGGGCAUGGCCCAGCGCCACAACUCCGUCCGCAGGUACACGCUGUGCGAGUUCGCCCAAGAGCAGGAGGUGAAUCAUCGGGAGAUCCUCCGAGAGCACCUCAAGGAGGAGAAACUCCACGCCAAGAAGAUGAAGCUGACGAAGAACGGCACGGUGGAGUCGGAGGAGGCAGACGGCCUGACCCUGGAGGACGUGUCCGAUGACGACAUCGACGUGGAGAACGUGGAAGUGGACGACUAUUUCUUUCUGCAGCCUCUUCCCACCAAGCGGCGCCGAGCCCUGCUCCGGGCCUCCGGGGUUCACCGCAUCGACGCCGAGGAGAAACAGGAGCUGCGCGCCAUCCGCCUGUCCCGAGAGGAGUGCGGCUGCGACUGCCGCCUGUACUGCGAUCCUGAAGCCUGCGCCUGCAGCCAAGCGGGGAUUAAAUGCCAGGUGGAUCGCAUGUCCUUCCCGUGCGGCUGCUCCAGGGACGUUGGGCGCAUCGAAUUUAACCCCAUCCGGGUGCGGACUCACUAUCUCCACACCAUCAUGAAGCUUGAGCUGGAGAACAAGCGGCAGGUGAGCCGGCCCCAAGCCCUGGAGGACGAGUCGCUGCACAGCUCCGGCAGCGACUGGCUGGGGACGCCGCCCUCGGAGACACAAGACUUCCAGGAGUUCAUGGCGGAGAACGAGACGGCCGUCAUGCACCUGCAGACGGCGGAGGAGCUGGAGAGGCUGAAGGCUGAGGAAGACUCCAGCGGCUCCAACAUCGAGAGCUUAGGCGUGUGCAUCCUCGAGGAGCCUUUGGCCGUGCCCGAGGGGCUGUGCCCAGGCCUGCCCACGCCUAUCCUCAUUCAAGCCCAGCUCCCUCCCGGCUCAUCUGUCCUGUGCUUCACGGACAGCCCUGAGCAGGCAACCUCAGCUGGGGGCGACCAGUCCUACUUGAACAAUGGGCCGGUGGUCUACUACCAGGUGGACCAAAGGUCCGUGCUGGGGGUGAAGGGCGAGAGCAGCACGGAGGAGCCGGAGACGCCCUCUCCUUACACCACCGAGAAGGAUCUGAGCGUCUUCUCCGUCCCCGUGGCCUCGCUGAUGCCUUGCAGCCGAGCUGCGGGCCCGAGCAAGACGGAGACUGGGACAGUAACCUCCUUGUCUGAGGAGUCCUCCCCGCCCCACGAGAGCUGCAGAGCAGCCGCGGCUCCGCCCUUCCGCACAAACGCUCCGGCGCCUGGACCGGAGCAGGUCCCAGAGAGAGUGUGUGAGCUGCCUCCCCCCGAGGAGCGCUCCCUGGGGCCCGCCCUGGCCGUGUGACCCGGCCCUGGCCCCUCGGAUGUCUAUUUAUUGACUGCUAUUUUAUGGAGUGACAGUAGCUGCUGAGAAUUAUUUAAUGGGUGUGGGGGGAGCCAGGCUGCUUUGUACAGAUGAUUUAAAAGGAAACCAAUGAAACCAAGCGCUUGUGGCAGUCCCUGGAGAGGCUCCCUCUUCGGAGGGGUGGGUGUUACUGCUAAGGCUGGAGGUGCUGCUCCGUGUGCCAGAGGAGGGGGGAGGCUCAGCUGAGCCCCCUCCAUUCGUGCCCCCCUGCCCCCACAGGGACCAUACUAUGUGAGUCUGUGUCUGUGUCCUAUAAGCAAUAGUGCGAAGCUCCCCUUCAAGCACUGGACUUGGCCUGCGGGGGGCGCCUUUCUGUGGCUGGUUCCCCCCCCCUCCCGAAAGUGUUUGUGUGACAGAGUCUCCAUCCUACGUCUCACUCCGGGCGCAACCGAAUAAUCCUGUCGUCUGCUUUGAUGUGGCCCUGUCUGGACGCGGCUCUCCACUCCCUCCCCGCCAGCGGCCCACGGACCCUAGAGAGCUCGGCCAGAUCAGCCCCCCUUGGGGCCUGGCUCCUCUUUCGGCAUGCCGCCAUUUUAGAAACCAGCGCCCGGCUUUGCGUUUCCUGCUUGUCUGUAGCUUUAUCUUGCCCCCCAGCACUGCACCACCUGCCUGGGGGGCUCAGUGGAACCCCUUUUUUCACUUGUUUUUUUUUUAAUGUGCUGAAUGUUUACUGGGCCAUACAGUGACCCAUCGCCUGUGACUGACACUAUAGCCCCCAUGCUGGGCUGUGGGCUCCCUUCCCCGGCAAACCCUUCGUGGACGUGGGCUGCUCCGGUGCAAUCCACCUGCUGUGUGGAAGUACGAAGGUCAAGGUCGGCUGCUGAAGAUGUAACCUGCCGGGGAGGGGGAUGCCUCCUGUUUGCUAAUCCUGUCAAUGGUUUGUUUGAAUUGCACAGGAAGGGGAGGGGGACGACCAAGCUGCCUGCCACCCAGGCACCUAAGAGCGCUCCUCUGUCCCUGCUCUGUCUAGCCCGGGGGCCAGAGGUUUGCAUGCAAUGAAAUUGCAGCCUUGGGUGCCUGGACAGAAAACGGCCCUUUGCCUGCUAGGGCUGCCUGUGACUGCAGCAGAGGUGGCGAAGGUGCAAUAUGUGAGUGGCAGGGAGGCACAAUCAGCAUUCGGAUAAGCUCCAGCACUUCCCCGGACGCCGGGGGAAAGGCAAAACCUUCUCAAAAUGACUCCAAUUCCUUCCUGACGGCCUGUCAGCCCUGCCUGCUGGGCAGGCCACGAGAGCACUUUCCUCCCUAGCCUCACAGGCACUUUCCUUCUGUGGCCGAAAGCUGGCCCAGAACCCCUUGAGCCCAAGGAGGACCCAGCCCGGACCCAGCUGUUCGUCGCUGCACUGAGCUUUCUGAAGGGCCAGGCCCCUGCACAACCGCAGCACUGAACUGCUAAGAGCAGCAAUGCUUUCCCCUUCUCUUUCAGCCUCCGGAGCCUGCCUGGCCACCGCAACCGGCUCGUCCAUUUCACUCCCCUCCGUUCCUUGAGCUUCCCUCCCCUAGUGAGUAGCUCCAGCGCUUGUUUGUGUUGGAAGAACACUCCGUGGUCCGUGGAGGGCGGCCCACGCUCACGCCUUGCUUGAUCUCUGGGCCGAAGAGAGCUGAGCCCACUCAUCUUGUUUUGGGGAUUAGCAUUUAACAUCCACUGGCCGGCAGCCUUCUUCCUGGCACAGUGAGCUAUGAGAAGUGAAUGUGUUCAGCAAAGUAGCCUUUCCUCACGAGUGUAGAGUAUGAACUGCCUCUCGCAUCAGCGGCCAGGUGCCCUUGGAGAUCGAGCGCCCCCCAUCACCUGCGCGCUGUGCCUGCGGCUGCAAGUGCCAGGACUGAGACGUGGACGAGAACAGCUCGUGCUGGUGCAGGGUUAGAUGGGCCGAGGGGGCUAAUGAAAUCACUACAUUCUCUAUUUCCAAGUUUUACACUUUGGUCCAAAAAGGUGGGUGUCGUAGAAUAGACGGGUAUGUCCGGCCCACCCCCAGGGCAGCUGUCUCAUCAAAAAUGGGCCCUUCACCUGGAUGCUGAAUCUUACACUUGAUGCAGCCACAGCUGGGCAGCAUCUGUAUACAACCCAAACGUCCGCCCUCCAGUUUUGUUGCCUUAAUGCUACAGCCAAUCCCCUUUCUCUGGGACAGCAAGAGGCAUAUGGGCUUCAAAAGCCACUCUUGCAGUAUGACAGCUGCGGAGCUUCUUGCUCUACUAAGCGCUUUGGCCGCACGACCCAGCAGAAUGUGCAUUGGCAGUUGGAAUUAACCAUUCACACUUUUUCCUGGCAGAUCCUUUGAAGCCUUUAGCAGGGAGAAUUCCCCCUCCAGCGUCCCAGGAUGGUGCUGCCAGUGCGUAAGGAAGAGGCUAGUUGAACCCACAGGUAAAGGCAAACACUUUGGAACCAACCAUGGAAUCCUUGGCCCUGGUGGGAGGAGGACGCCUUCCCCUUUGCAAUUAGCUGACCCAACUGUGUGUGGUGAUCAGGUGUUAAUUGUGGAUUGGCCCUUUGCCAGACUGAUGCUCUGUGCCCAUUAGGGCUUCGGGCUCAUGCUCUGCUCCUGGGAGAACCAGAGCAGCUCUCCUCUGUGAGGGAAAGAAAGCAAGGGGCUCUGGCUGGUCACGUUCCAUAAGCAAAAUCUUGGAUACUGAAGUACCCUUCUUGAUUUGUAUCCAAGCUCCAGAAACCGCUGCAACUGGCUGGGGCCUCUGGUGAUGGGCAGAAAUCCACAGGGUGACCCGAGGUGGGCGUCUUUAAAUGAGAUCACACAGUGAAUGAACCCUAACACAGCAGUUAGGACGGGGGCUCUUACAAAGCCGAGAACUCACGGGAUUUAUUCCGUCUUUGCAAAGAGCACUGUGUGGUGGAUGGUGCAAGGAGGGGUGCACUUUGGCCUUUUUCCUCCCCCCUCACUUUGACACUGAUGCUGGUACCACACUGUCUCCUAAAACAACACGUCAGUUAGCCAUGUGGUGAGCCCUGCCGCCCCGCAGUGAGCUAUGCCCCAGCUGAGACAUUUCGGUUCUAGCCCUGCUCUCCUUCCUAUUUAAAUAGUGACUUCGCUACUUCUAACUUCUGGUCUCUUCACACACUGUAUGCAGGUGGAAUUUUCAAUGUGAAUCCAAAGCUUGUCCGGUCCUCUGCCUCGGGGUUGUUUUUUUUUUUUGGGGGGGGGGGGCCUUUUCAGUUCUUUUCAUUGUGAUAAUGCUGUAUUUAAAGAGAAUAUUUAAGUGUAAAAAUAAAGAAAUGCUCAAACUUGCAUCAUGUGACGUGUGUUCUCAUCUCCAAGUGGAUGAAAGCAAGGUUUAAGAUAGUGCCUGGGGGGAGAUUACCUCUGAGCAGGGACUGUUUGACCCUAAUUGGAGCAGAUGUGCUCUGGUGGAAAUGAGAGCGCUCACUUCUCUUGGUAAGUCGCCCUGCCACGCCUCCAGGAACUGCACGCAGCGUGGUCAGUAGGUUUGUGCUGAAGGCCUGCUAAGUUUAUUUCCAGCUAAACAGGCUGUUUACUCCAACUGCAGAGUAACCUCUUCUGGUUGAUUAAUGGGACACAGUCUAUGAAAAUUAGGCUAGCGGGGCUUUUUGAUGCUAGGGAUUAGUCCCCCUAGAAGUAGCCUGCGGCUUUACAAUCUGAGAGCAGGGCUCCAGUCUCCACCCUCUUAGAGUUGCCCAGUGCUGGGAGACUAACUGGACGCUUCCACAGGUUCUCGUUUUAAAAAUGCACCAGAGCCCUUCCAUGAGCUGUUGUCUUUAAUGGAAUAUUUACGUAACAGUACCACAGACUGAAGACCAACGUUUCAUGCAUUUUACUGCCAUAAAUAACUUAAGACAUUAAAGUAACUUUUUAAACAUCUUAAACUCAACUUGCAGCCUCUGUCGUGAGGUGAAGCGCACAGGGAUGGAACUCCUGUGGCCCGAAUUCUGGCGCCCAAAUGCUCUCCCGCGGCAGGAAGUUUGGGUCUAAAAACCAACUGGGCAGGAAUGAAGCUGAGACUCUCCCCUCAACAAGCCAGUGCUGGGUAGCACUUAUUUCCAUGGCAACAGGCUCUAGGCCAGUGGUUCCAGAGAGGGACACCAAGGGGCAUGUAUACGAAUUGGUCUGCGCCUCAGGCUAACUUAGAGGGGCCAAGUCUAACAGGUGCCAGUCUCUUCCCAGAGAGGAAAGGCCACAGUUCGAGCAUUAACGGGGCACUGCUGGGAACUCAAAAGGCAACAAGCCACACACACAGAUGCUCAACAUUAAGACGUCUCACUGGCCAAAGGGACACGGUAAUGUACUGAGUCCCAGGCAGCGAGGGCGUUCCGCCCACAGCGCCGCCUCGUCAAAUUCAUGUUAUUCCUAAAACAACAUAGUGAAUAAAGUCAUAACAGCUUAACGGGAAAAACACCAAAGAGCAUGGCCCCAGACUGGGGUCUCUUCAAGUGCUGGAGCAACAAGGAACUAGCUAGACAAUGCCCACGGCUGGACGUUACCAGUGGUAGCCUCCAGGGGGAACCCUGCCAAUCCAGAGGAGACGCGCUCUCAGCUGGACAGGAUUACAUUUAAAGUGCCAUAGUUUAAGAGGCUAUCGCCAAGCUAAGCCUCCUGGCUGUGUCCCAACACAGCUGCUCCCUUCUGGAAAGUGACAGGGAACAGCAGGGACCAGAACUGCGAGUCACUUCCACCCCCAGCAGGGGUCAGCGUGACGCAAACCCCAUGGAAUCGAAAUCGUGUCGAGGAGCCAAAGCAGGUUGUUGCUCUUGGGAAGCGGGUGGCUCAAGUAACGAUGCUUGCAGGGCUGAGGAAGGGUUUUACUCUCGGCCGCUGCCCUGGAUAGCGCUGGGGCAGCAGAGGAGGAGUUCCUUGCUACAUUCCAGCCCCCUCCUGCACAGCAAACAAAACAACCCUGCUGCCACCAGCAGCGCUACAAACAGGUUGACAGUUGAAGCGGGUGCUUGCCUGCCACGCGGCCGUCACUCCUUAGCCCCCAGGUAGUUGGUGGACAGCAAGACCAUGCU